AUGGAAGGCGUCCGCUCGCCCCGCGUGUCGGUGGGGGUGCCGACGGUGCUGGGCGGCUUGGAUGAGGUGCUGUACCGGGAAGCCGAGGAGCGGCGGCAGCGGCAGGACCUGCGAGAGCGGGAUGCGCUGCUGGCGCUGAGGCAGCAGUCCGUGCCGCGCUUGGGCCGGCGGUCCAAGGCCUGCUGGCACGCGCGCUUGGAGCGGGAACUGCUCAGCGCCUUCGAGCGAUGUGGAACACAUCGGCUGAUGGAGAUGAGCCAAAGGCGGGUGCUGGUGCUGCCCCGGUCCGGCGUGCACGAGGUGCUGCGGAACUUGGGCUUCGAGGCGGAGGUCCAGUUCUGCGGCAAGCUCGGGGUGCUGCUGGACAGGGAGGAGACGGGGAUGAUUUGCUUCGACCGGCUCCUGCACUUCAUCGCCAACGCCACGGAUACCGAGCGGGCGCCACCCAGACCCUUGUCCAGCCUGGAGGAGGAAUGUUUCAAUCAACUGGAGUGGCAGCUCAGCCGUGAGUUCUGCCAGAUGCUGGCCACUCGUCACAGCCGCGCCACCACAGAGUCGUGGCGGCGUCGUGAGCUGUGUUCGGAGAGCGCCACGCCCCCGGGCACGCCGCGGAACGCGGCGGCCACGACGCCGCGGGCGGCCACGCCGCGUUCCCGGGCAGCCACGCCGCGGAACGGGACGCCGCGGAGUCCGAGCCCCGGGGUGGCGCGGUGCCACCUGCUCUACCACCAGGCGGUCUUUGCGGCCCGCAAAGGCGCGCAGCUGGAGGACGAGAUCAAGCAGCUGAAGCUCUUGAAGGAGAUGGAGGAGUGCACCUUCCGACCCCAGCUGAGCCACUCGAAGUUCCGGCCCCCGUCGCGCACGUCUCGGACGGGUGCGGUGGUCCGGAACUUCGAGUCGACGGUCGCGCGGCUCCAGGCGGCGCACGAGGCCCAGAGGCGGCAGAAGGCGGAGAGGGAGCGGAUCCCGGUGGGGGCGCCCCGGCGGAAUUGGGAGUGGGGUUCCUAUGCCUUAUGUUUUUUUGGCAGGUGUUUUUUUUUGGGUCCUGUUCUGGGUUUUGGCGCUGCCGUUUUGUGUUGUGUCAUGUGUUGUGCUUGUUGUUUGUUUUGUAAAUUUUGUUUGCUUGCUUGCUUGCAUGUGUGUGAGGAGGUUGACGUGCAAAGGCUUGGUUUUCGAGGGGCGCCUUUGCCAGAGGUUCCGGUUUUUCGUUUGUUUGUGUUUUUUAAGGUGGCUUUUUCUUGUUGUUGUUGUUGUUGUUGUUGUUGUUGUUGUUGUUGUUGUUGUUGUUGUUGUUGUUGUUGUUGUUGUUGUUGUUGUUGUUGUUGUUGUUGUUGUUGUUGUUGUUGUUGUUGCGUUGGCGUUGGCGUUGGCGUUGGCGUUGGUGUUGGUGUUGGUGUUGUUGUUGUUGUUAUUAUUAUUGUUGUUGCUUAUAUUAUUCGAGUCGCAGUUCUUACUGUCGAGGCAGUCGCCUAUUGUGGCAUGCCGGCCUAUUUUUCCUGCUUGGUCUUCUUGUUCUUGAUCCUCGAUCUUCUUCUCGUUAUGCACUUAGACUUGCUCUUAUUCUGCCAGUUCUUCUCGUCUUUUUCUCUCCCCAGUCGUUCUUCGUUCUGUUCUCACUUGUUUUUGUUUCUCCUUUUAUCUUCUGCAAUUUUGAACGUUUCACUUUCUUUGCACUGGGCUUUAUUUGUUUCUGUUGCUUGCCCGCUUACCAAAGUUCGCUUGCGCUUUUUGUUUGUCCCUUUUUUUUCUUCUUCUCCUUCUUCUUUUGUUUCUUGA